AUGGGCCAGUCCCUCACUACCCAGGAGAAGCACAACAUCAAGCGUGAAAUCUACACGCUGUAUCCCGGUCUAGAGCAGCAACUUGAAAUGGCAUUUAGCUGCCAUGACGUGGAGGGAACCCUUGCCCUUCCCUAUGCUACCCUCGAGCCCGUCAUCCGGCAUUUGCUAAUGCAGUAUGGGCUAAUAGAAUACGUUACUCGAUUCAGCAUGGCUUCGGGAGCCCUCGACCCUGCCCAUGUGCGUCACGAAUUGGCGGAAUUCGGAGUUGCCACUACACGACUCUUUGGCGACGCAAAUCUCAGCGUCGAGGAUUUUAAAAGCCUUGCAGUUGUAUGGCUGAAGAAGAUACUUGACACCCAUGCAGACGAUCAGGCAGAAUGGAUGGAAAAGUUAAAAGCCGACCAGGAGGAGCAGAGCGCCAACUACGCGAAGGCGAUGAAGGAAUUUCAGGAACAGUACGUCAAGCAACAGGCCGUUUACCAACAGGGGCUCGAGGAACAACAGAAACAGAUACAAGACUGGAACAGGCUCCUCGAGGAUGCUCACAAGACACAGCAGCAGAUAUAUGAUGAAGAGGUUCGGCGCAUGAAGGAAAUUCAAGAGAGGGAGGCGCGGGCUUCUGAGAUCGCUCGUCAAGAAGAGUUGGAGCUGAUCCGAAAGUAUCAGACUAAGCUCGAGGAAAUCGCGAAAGCCGAGGGAGGGAAGUGCUUCGUCUACCCAGCAAGCAAAACACCCUAUGGCGCCUGCGCCUCGGCUGGAGCACAGGAGCCUUGCAGGAGAAAGAGAAGCCAAACGCGCAAACAGCCUGCCAAAGGCUGCUGUUGA